AUGGCUUUAAUUUCUUCUUCACUGCUAAAGGAACAAUCCCAUAGGCUCAUCUGCAAAAGAAAUGUGGUGAAGGAUGAUGACGACGAUGACUUGGAAAAUCUAUCUUAUGAUAUUGCUUUAGCAUCAAAAUCAUUGCAUGUUUUGGAAUUACGCCGUGAGAUUGGCUCAACCAGGGCGGAAUUAUCAGACUCAAAAGAUUUGAUCAAUCGUUGUGGUGUCGAGAAUGUUACCGACAAUUGGAUUGACUACAUUCAAGAUACAAUGGAACACUUGUCAAUACUUUUGAAAAAAGGAAUUGAGGCAUCAUCAGAUGACCCCGCCAAAGCAAAGCAUGAUAAUUCAGGGAGUUACGAUGAAUAUGAAUAUUUUGAGGAAGCAGCAUCUCCGAAAGAUUUUGUGUACUAUAGCAAUCGACUUUAUAGGGAUGAUUCCUCUCCAUCAGAGUCCUCGACAAAUAGCAGCAGGCCUUCUAGCAUUGUGAUUCCUUCGGUAGAUUCAGAUAUCACUUCUUAUGACCUUCGGACAAGGUCAAAUUUAACUCGACGCCAUACGAUGGAUAACGAGGGUGUAUCUGCUGCACGUUUUUUCAUCGGUAAUCUCGGACUUAAAAAGGCACCAUCCAAAGCCUCAAUAACCACCUUCAUUUCACAAGAACAAACCAGCGCCAAGGCUUCUUUGCAUGGCUCUGGGAAUUUGCCGUUGUUAGCCGAACAAUGUGAAGAUAAUGACCACCAUUCUUCUCCCGCGGAAAGACAACUUUCCCAAUUGAUAGUCCAAGAGUCGACGGAAGAAGUAAGUGAUGAAUUUGCUGAUGCGGUCGAGAAACAGGACGAUUAUCAUAUCCGUAAGCGUCUUGAAGAAUUGAGUCUGAAGGAUUUGAAUAGUUUUAGUCAGGCUCCAAUAAAAAAAUCAAGCUCGUCAUGCUCCCUACCAAAUACUCUUUGUUCUGUGCCAGAAGACGAUUCAUCCACAUUAUGGGUAUGUACGGAGGAAGAUUACGAAGGUUUGGAUUCAGCACCAUCUUCGAAUAUUCAGAUUAGCCUUCGUCGCUCGAAACCGACAAAUUUGUUUGCGGAAGAAGUUAAUGUCGGCAAUCCGGUCCGAGUGGGUACAGGAUAUGGUUCGUACAUUGCCUACACGUGUACGGUCAAGGGUCAAGAGGGGGCAAAUAUUGUGGCGAGAAAACGGUAUUCCGAUUUUAUUCGUUUAAGAUCUCAACUAAUCAAAGCUCAACCAAAAUAUAAAAAAUUAAUACCAUGCUUACCACCGAAACGAGUUGUGGGAAAAUUCAUGCCAGAAUUUAUCGAACGAAGACGUAAGGACUUGGAAUAUUUUCUAUCAUACAUCUUACUUCAUCCGGUACUUGGUUCAACCAUGGUGGUGAGGAGAUGGUUCAUGGAUUAA